AUGACCUUAGGAAUCAAAUCAGCCUGGGUCAAAGACCCCAUUGCUAACAAAACCCAACAAUUAGAAAAUCAAGUCCACCAACAAGUUAGUCCUCACCUCCAUAAAGCCCAAGAGGCUGCUUAUAAACCCGUGGACUAUUAUCGAAAACAAGAAGCCUUUUAUCGAGGUUAUAAAUUUUACAUUUACCUUAAUGAAAGCCCUUAUGAGCCUGCCCAUAUUCAUGUCCUCAGCACCGAAGGAGAAAUGAAACCACAACCUACUAUUUUACAAGUGGAAUGUGAUAAAGAAACUAUUACGGCUUAUCUAAGUGAUAGUCGAGUAAUUAGUAUUCCAACUGAAGAAUUUUUAAGUGUUAAGGCAUUUACACAUGGUUUAAAUGCUG